AUUUAUUAACCUCCAUGUUAGUGUCUGCAAGAUAGUAGUUAAGAGCCAGUCAAUAUAUAAUUCUGAGGAGAGUAGGGAUGAAAAUUCCUCGACAACAGCUGAGCAUUUUUUGGGAUGGGAAACACGGAUUCUAGUCAGACUGAUGAAGCCCCGCCAAUGGUCGGGGACUGGUACUUUCGAAUUUUUGGUGAAGUUCUUCCUGAUCAACACCCACCCGCGGCUAGGGACUUGUACAAUCAACUUUUGGUUGAAGAUCUUGGUGAACUUAAUAAUAUGCUUCAGGGAGGUGCUCAUCAAUCAUAUCCAACUUUUAAUCACAUUGAGCAAAGUUUCCAUCCACGAUUAGCUGGGAUUGAAGAUCUAGUUAGAUCGUUGCACAGUAUGAACCUUGGAACUGCAGCUGGGAACAGGAAUUUCAGUCAUGGAACAACUUCUUCUGCAGUUGAAAAUCAAGGCAGUAUUAAUCUGGAUCAGAUGAGUUAUGAGGUAGGUUCACCGGUGGAGACCGCAGUCUUUUGUAAGGUGGUCUGAGUCAGGGCGGACCUACGUCGAUUAUUGGGGGGUCUUUAACUCUUUGGCAACCCCAAAUUUUUUUACAAUCCCUAUAAAAAUACUAUUUCUUAUAGCAUGGCCCUUCAAUGUUAAGUUGUUAACAUUUCAAGCCCAAGAUGA